AUGGGCAAAUACGUUGGUCAGGAGCACACUAUGUACUUGAAAGUAUGCAAAAAGUACAACGUCGAACCAGAACCUGAAAUCAAAGCAGAAUCAUCUGCGGUCGCAUCCAACGCUCCUGCUCCGUCUGCUGGGGGUUUGUUUGGCAGUCCUUCAUCAGGUGCAUCACCCUUUGGUGGAGCUUCUGGCUUCAGCUCUGGAGGCUUCGGCUUCGGAAGCCCUGCUUCGGGUCCGAGCCCCUCUGGCUUCGGCUCGGGCUUCGGGAGCGGUGCAGCUGGGCCCGCUGGGCCCUUCGGAGGUGCUAGCUGUGGAGCCUGCGGUGCCUGUGGAGCACCAGCUGGGGGCCUCUUCGGUUCUUCGGCGUCGUCGUCUCCAUUUGGCGCUGCGUCAGCGUCUCCCUUUGGUUCUGCAUCAGCCUCGCCAUUUGGAAGUGGUGUUGGCAUGGGUGCUGCGGCAUCCUCUGGGGGCCUCUUCGGGUCUGGAAUGGGAGGUGGUGGAUUCGGUGGGGCUGCAGCGCCCGCUGGUGGUUUGGACGUGAGACAGGCGUACAAGGAGCGCAUGAUCAAGAUCUACAUGCAGCACAACCCCAGCAAAGUGAACGAGAUCGACUCUCUCAUGGCGAAAUAUGUGGGCCAGGAGCACACUAUGUACUUGAAGAUAUGCAACAAGUACAAGGUCCAGCCUGAACCGGAGAUCAGACCUGGUGGACAGUGUGGUGGAGGCCUUUUUGGCCAAGCUGGAGGAGCCCUUGGAGGAUCGAUGACUGGGAAUGGAGGCUUUGGCAUGAUGAGCCAACCGAUGGGUCAACCGAUGGGUCAACCCAUGGGUCAACCCAUGAAUCCAAUGGGUGGACAGCCCAUGGGCGGCCAACCCAUGGGUCAGCCGAUGGGACAGCCAGCCUUCGGCAACCCGAGUGCCUUGGGCGGUCCCUUCGGUGGGACACCACCUUCACCAUCUCCGUUCGGCAGCUCCAAUGCCUCUCCCUUCGGUGGAGGAGCAGGCAUGGGAGGCGGUGGCUUUGGCGCGCUUGCUCAGCAAACUGGUUCAGCCUUCGGAGGCGGGGCGACUGCCUCCCCGUUUGCUGCAGCAGGUGCAUCUCCAAGCCCCUUUGGUGGGCAAGCAGCAUCUCCAUUUGGAGGAGGAGCCCAGCCAUGCCAGCCAUGCCAGCCAUGCCAGCCAUCUCCUUUUGGCGCAUCACCAUUUGGUGGCCAAGCCACGGCCUCCCCGUUCGGUGCCUCUCCAUUCGCAGGUUCUCAGUGGACGCAGCACAGAGGUUAG